CGCUCGUUCGAUGUGACGUCCCGAGAGGUCCGCCCAAUAAAACAUCGCGAACUGUAUUCUCGUUAUCAGACGUUUGGUCACUAUAUAGUACAAAACCUCGCAAAUUAUCAGUCUGGUUCGAAACGCCGUGAAAUCGGCCGGCUGUGUUGUUUGUAACGUCUGCCUUCUAGUUCAUUUUCAAGUAUGGAAGAUUUAAGUUUCGUGCCGGAUCUCCCCAGCGGGCCCCUGGACGUGUAUAGAAAUAGAUCCUCGUUUGAUUGGAAACGCCUCAAACUCGCCCUGGAGGGUGACAUCGAGCUGUUGAAGCUUAAGUAUAGAAUAUGGCAAACGUUGGAGAGAGAUCCAUUGUUCGCGCACAGCCCCGUCACGCUCAGCGUGGAGGAGCAGAAGCGGAUGACACAGCUGCAGCUCAGGAGGAUAAACCAGCUCAACUUCCACCCCAAAGACCUGGCCACGUCCAGUUAUAGUAAACGGACUCGCACAGUGAUGACGAUAAACGAAGCGAUCCAGUCUCUGAACCCUAGUGUGUCAGUCAAAAUGGCGAUCGGCAUGUAUCUCUUCUCGAACGCACUGCUCUCGCUCGGCACUGAGAGACAUUUGAAGUUCUACGAAGCCACGUUUGUUGAUAGACAGCUCCUAGCCAGUUUCGCGCUGACGGAGAUAGCCCACGGUUCGGACGCGCGGCUCAUGCGCACCACGGCCACGUACGACCCGCACCACAAGCAGUUCGUCCUACAUACGCCCGACUUCGAAGCGGCUAAAUGCUGGGUUGGUAAUCUAGGAAGGACGUGCACGCACACACUGUUGUUCGCGCAACUGAUCACACCAGACGGGACCAACCAUGGACUCCACGCGUUCGUGGUGCCCAUUCGAGACGCGGCCACGCUGGAGACGUACCCUGGACUCAUUGUGGGCGAUAUGGGCGAGAAGAUUGGCGUUAAUGGUAUCGAUAAUGGGUUCAUAAUGUUCAACCAGUACAGGAUACCGCGCGAGAACCUGCUCAACAGAACAGCUGACGUCACCGAGGAUGGCACGUACGAGAGCUCGUUCUCAGACCCCUCGCGGAUAUUGGGAGCGGCGCUGGAAAACCUCUCUGCUGGUCGUAUCGGCAUCAUGCAGGAGAGCUGCCACUCGUUAGCCAGUGCAGUGGCGAUCGCGAUCCGUUACGCCGCGACGCGUACGCAGUUCGGCGAGAGGGACAAAGAGAUCCCGCUCAUCGAGUACUCGCUGCAUCAAUGGCGGCUGUUCGGUUACGUGUCGGCGGCCGUGGUGUUCCGCUUGUUCGUGGAGAACUUCACGCGCGUGUACCUCGGCAUCGUGGAGAAGUCCAACUCCGGCAUGAAGGUCGACAACUUGAGCGAGACGGUGUCGGAGAUCCACGCGAUGGUGUCGAGCUGCAAGCCGCUGCUCACGUGGAGCGUGCUGCUCGCCGCGCAGCACUGCCGCGAGGCCUGCGGGGGACACGGAUUCCUCAAGUGUGCAAAUCUAGGCGACAUCCGAAGUAACCACGAGCCGACGGUGACAUACGAGGGUGACAAUAACGUCCUCUCGCAGCAGGCCGGCAACUGGCUGCUGCGGCAGUACAGCGCCAGCACUGUGGACUCGCCGCUCGGCACCGCGCUGUUUCUCAACAGGACAAGGGAUAUAUUAGGACAGACCUUUAGUUGCACUACUACCGAUGAGGUCAAGACUAAACAAUUUAUAACCUCAACAUACGAAUGGCUGCUAUGCUAUCUUAUCAAAGAAACGCAUAAUAAAUACGAAGCGGAGUUAGCAAGAGGUCUAUCAAAGUUCGAGGCUCGAGCCAAAUCGCAAGUGUACAAAUGGAAGACCCUUGGUAAAGUGUACGCGGAACACAUAGUGAUAAUGUUUGCGCUAGAAUCGUUAGAGAAGAAAGAGAAGGGUUUACAGCCGGUGUUAAACAAGUUGUUCAGUCUAUACUGUCUCUGGUCGCUGGACUGUCAUUUGGUGGAGUUGUACCAGGGGGGAUAUGCCAGGGGAGAGGCGUGCGCGAGGCUCGUGAGGGAAGCUGUGAUGGAGUUGUGUGAUGACCUGAAGGGAGAGGUGGUCAGCGUGGUGGAUGCGCUGGCGCCUACAGACUUCGUGCUUCAUUCUGUGUUGGGGAAGAGCGAUGGAAACUUAUACCAAAACCUGCAGAAGGCGUUGUUCAGCCACCCCGGCGCGUUCGAGCGCGCGCCGUGGUGGCAGCAGGUCGUCCCCACGCCCGCCUCCAAACUAUAACUGCUGCACACCACUUACUUGUUGACACAUUGUUUCAUAAAUCUGGGUGACAGUUAUGGGUUCUUAAAAAACUGUUCGUUACUUUAGCGGCCUUAAGGUCCAAAAAAGACCUCCCCUCUUAAGGCCACUGGCUAGUAAUACUAUAUUAUACAGGGUGUAAAAUGAUCGAUGGAUCAAUUGAAGCAGGUCGGUGGUAUGUGCAUUUAAACCUAUACAGCACGGUAUUACGUACACCCUGUAUACAAGAAAACCGAACUUUGUGUAUGACGCUGCCUCUUGUUUGGUCAUAAUAGUCAAGCUAGGAAUAUUGAAUGACUCAGGCGAAAUAAACCUUGUAAUAUUAGCAUUAGUUGGAGCUUCAUCGUUAAAUGUUUAGACUGUUUGUAUGAUCGUUGUAUAGCAAUCAUCGUCUGUAAUGGUCUAUCAGAUCUAAAAGUAUUUUUUGUGCGCGGUCGAUAACUGUGCCAUGAGAUAACGCAUGUAUCACAUUUUACACAUAGCCACGGAGUAGUUUAGACUCUAUUUAAUGUGUUAAUCUUGUGUUGAGGAUAAAAAAAUAUUCAUUUCCACAAUUCCAAGGGUGAAACAAAUAGCACAAACCUCACAGCGCAAACUUAAACAUUUAUACUAAACAGACACCACAACGCCCUUAGUAUAAGAAACACGACACGAACAUCUGCUUCGUUUGAUUGUGAUUGGUCGACAGCUUAACGUGUGAGUCACAUGGUACUCUCUCGACCAAUCAGUUUAAACACGGACGUUCGUGUCGAGUUUUACACCAUAUACAACUUCGUGUCGUUUCAUUGGUUGAGAAUUAACACGUGACUGACGCAUUGGCCUCCCGAUCAAUCACAAACAUCCAAAUAAGAGAAUAUUGACUUACGAGUCACGUUUUUUGGGACUUUCUAAGGUAGCCGGUGUAGGUAUGGUACCCGUCGCGAUCGUCUGUCUAUUGCGCCCCGCAAAAUUUACUUGAAUAGUAGUUACAAUUUAUAUAGUGGUGAGAAUCAAACUCUUGCCCACGUAGUUGUUGAUGAUGUUAAAGAUGUCUAGAUCUUACUGUAAAGAUUCGAAUAAAAAAUGCAUUUCGAUAACAUUUUGAAAUAAAACUUUAAGGGUAUUAAAAUUGAGAUUUAAAUCCGAUGAAGGAUUAAUUUUAUACAUUUAGAUUAUGGUGAUAAAAUUGUGACGCGAUUUUCCUGAAUUGGGAAUUAUAUUUUUAAAUUACAAAAAAAAACAAAACAUAGAAUAGCCUUUCUAAAACACUUUUAUAAGUUUUUUACUUUAGUGUUGUGAAUUAUUCCGCAUAAUGGUUUAAGAGUGGAAGAGACAACGCUAUCUAGUAAUUAUACUGAUAAAGAAGUAAUUUUAUAGCUUACGUCCAAACGUUUAGUUAUCGACGAAACUAUUUAGUUUGAUCGUGAGGGUAGUUUUCGUUUUAAGUUUAUUGAAUAAAAACAAAGGCACUUAGUUAUAUAGAUGUGUAAGUCACGAAAUGUAAUUUUUCGUCCGCGAUACCAUAGACUAUAAAUCAUUCGUGCAAAAAUAGUAAAACAAAAUCAUUCGAUCAUAAUAUAACAAUAGUAACAUUAUAACAUAAUAAGUUCGCGACAUAUCAGUAAAAAUGUUGAAAAAAAUAACACUCAUCUUUUAUGCAUUUAAAUGCAUUUAAAUGCAUUUAUAUUAACAAACAGAUAAUAAAUGAUCGCCAAAUUUAGUAAUGUAACACAUCUAGUUGUAUAGCGGAAUGUUUUUGUUGCAUGUUAAAUCCAACACUGCCAGAGAUAAUAAAUGGCGACUUAGUUUUACUACAAUAAAGUCGAAUAAUGAUUUUUUAUGUUUACGCGAAUAUUAGACAUUAAAAUUAAACUAUUUUUUGGCGGUCCCCCCGUAUCCUCGAAGGCUGAAAAGUCUUCGAAACGUCGGCAGAAAACUAAAAUAUUAAAACCGCGAUAAAAUAAAAAAAAAAAAAUAGUUUAAUUUUAAUAAAGUCGAAUAUUUAUACUGAACACGAAUCAAAAUAUGUUUUUUUUUUCUGUAAUAAAUGUCGUCAUCAAAAAUCAUUCAACAGUGAAUGGAUGUUUUACAAAUUAUAGUUUUUAUUAGUAUCAUAUUUUUUUUAAGAAAUGUUGAUUUUUUUUAAGAUAAAUACGGAGUAUCGUUGAAUGUAUAUUUUUUUAUUUUUUUUUAUGCCUGCUCAUUCCUAUUAUCAGGGUGUAACAAUAUGUUGCCUUAUAUUAUGUUUUAUAUAUGUGUAUUGUGGAAGUAGGUAAAUUUUAACUCGGACGUAAACGGGUAGCCAUUUAUAUGGUAAACUCUAGUAGCGCAAAUAAUAUUUCUGUGGGUUAAAAUGCCAUAUUUAACAGUAUUUUUUAUUUUUAAAUAUGGUUUUGUAUUUUAAAAGACGUGAAUUGAUUUUUUACCUAAUGGGUUUGUUCCUACAAGGAAUGGAUAUCUACCAAUUUCUACGCGAUUAUUGUCACUACUUUGCUCAUAACUGGAGGUAUUCUGGUUCGGCUUAAAAAGGUUUUCUUUUAUAUAUGCGGAGUAGUUAAUAUCUUAUGUUUUUUUUUUAUAGUAAAUACGAAUAUGAUAAUCAUGGUUUUAAAUGGUUGCCCGAGAAUUAUGAGAAAAUAUAAUUUAGCAGCAGCGUUAUACAUUUCAAUAAUUUGUCUAUAUAAACAUGCGUAGUAUCUGCUAGUCUGUUCGUCCAGUAUUUUGGUGUAUAACCAAUAUCGCAUUUACACUUUAAAGUGUGUACAAAUACAUUAUAUUUACUAUUACGUGUUUUUGUAACACUGUCCACCUUCGUUUAAAAGUUUAUUUACAUUUAUUUCGUCUGAUGCUCGUUUUUGUUAUGUUGUAUUGUUAUAUUUAUUUUAGGUAUACCUCAUUAUGUGCAAGUUAUAUUUGUAUUUAUUUUCGAAUAGUUGAUUCCGUUUGUACUUUAUCAUGUUGGACCAUUCCAUAGAGUUAUUUCACACAAAUGUUAAUUAUAUUAUAAAGAAUUGUGUUUUUAGUUCUAAUUAUUUUUGUACCCUUUAGUAGUAAUUAUAUUGAAUUAGUACAUCCAUUAUAUUUGGUUGCUCAGAUAUAUUUAAAGGUCCAAUAAUUAACUAAAUAAAUUGUCUAGUAAUAAAAUAAAUUAUUGGUGAUUAUAUUAUCGUUUCAAAAUUAUUCAUUAGAUUUUAAAAUACAUUGAAUUACAAAUUAAUACGGUCAGCAUGUGUUUGUUUGAUAUGUGUACAUUUAAUUCAGUGGUUGAAAUACGUUCACCUAGUAAUAGAAGAUAGCUACUAUCCAAAAGAUUUCUCUAUAAUGAUUUUAACAUCAGCCCUGUUUUACGUAAUAGCUGGGCCUGGUUUUGGCAUUUCGUCCAUCUUAUUAAGCUAUAGGUAACCUCAAACCAUUAAAAUUUUGUAGAAGUCUAAGGUAUGUAGAUAUUUAUGAAAUUAUUUAAGUCCCGUAUUCACAAACGUUACUUAGCUAAGUACGGCACAAUACUAUGAUAAUAAGCCUGUUUUUCAGUGCUUUCGAUAUAACACAGUGCAUAGACAUAGGAGCGCUGUGAUUGGCUGAUAUUGAGUUACAACUACUUCAGUUGGCUAUCAAAUAAGUAAAGCAAAAGGAAACUGUCAUUGCCGAUACUAUGCGUUCGGGCGCACUGUGCGUCCUCAUAGUAUUGUUUGUGAACAUGGGUAUAAGUAUUUAAGUUUGUGAAUUGAUAAACAACAAAAGAAAAUAAAAUUGUGUUAAAUCUGUUCUGAGUUAAAAAUGUUUUGAAUAUGUAACGCAGGAUUUAACGUUUCUUAACUGUUGUAACCUGUUUAAUUAAAAAAGGGGCCUUGGAAUGACAGUUUUUUAUCUCUUUCGCACACUACGACGAAAAUAGAAGCUAUGAUCCCGUAGUGGGCCAGUGGAAAUAGUUAUGCCAUAUCGGGUCCCUUUUUUAAUUGUAGAGGUUUUAUGUGUAUGUAAUAGUCAACGUUUAGGAUUUUUGUUAUUAACGUUAACCAUGACGAAUUUACGUCAUUUAACAGUCUAUCUACUCUACGGGAUAUUUAUUGAAGCGUCCAGUAAAUCAUAUUUUUUUAAAAGGACUUCGAUAUUUUAUCCAAUUGUACAAAUUAAUAUCUUUAUUACCGAGAUGUGUUAUUACAUAUUAUAGAACUCUAUACAAACUUUAAAUGUCACUAAAAUGUGAUAAAGGGUUGCGAGCGUCUAAAGCGCUCAACCAAAACCGGUGUUUGUAUAAGCCGACCCUUGUCAGGCUAAAAAACGUAAGUCAUGUAAAAAACAACUAAAAUGUCUUACUUGUGUAUUACAAAUGGGUAGACAGGGGUAUUUAGUGCAUCUGCCAUGCGCAAAUCAGUGUAUAGAAUAUGUAAUUUUAGAUAAAUGUUUAGCAACAAUUCUAGGAUAGUUUCUAGUAAAUGGAGGUAGAUGGCGCUAUUAAAGAAACUGCUGUGUCGCCUCUGUAUUUGUAUGGAUGGAUUUUCAAAUAUUGUAUUUUCCUGUUGUAAGUGCCUUCCUCUAUUGGUGUACAUACGUGUGCUGUUAUUGUAGACGUAAUUGAAUGUUUUUGGAAACGUUGACUUUGUGGAACGAUAAAUUAAAUCGAUUAAUUAUUUUA